GGUGUUUGUCGCAUCGCUCUGCUCUAACGUUCAUAGUCCUGGAGAUAGUUAUUCACAGUAUCGAAGGUCUCAAUGUUUGUAUGAGUGGUAGUUCCACGUCUUGCGAAGAAUGUCUGCUCAUUCACCCAAGCUGCGCCUGGUGCGCGCAAGAGGACUUUGGAAGGUCUAGGACACUCACUUCAAGAUGUGACUUGAGUCAAAAUUUGCUGAAGAGAGGAUGUGACCCUCAAUUCAUUGAGAACCCAAGAAGCGGCACAUCAGUCUUAAAGAGUGAACCUCUGAGCUCCAAAGACUCUGGGCCUACUCAGUAUAGUGUCAUUCAGAUUCAACCACAGAAGAUCUCACUCAGCCUCCGGCCUGGUGACCAGACCUCAUUUGAGGUGCAGGUGAGGCCAGUGGAGGAUUACCCUGUUGAUCUCUACUACUUGAUGGACCUCUCUUUGUCCAUGAAGGAUGAUUUGGAUACCAUCCGCAACCUCGGCACCAAGCUGGCUGAAGAAAUGAAGAAACUCACCAGCAACUUCCGCCUUGGCUUUGGCUCCUUUGUGGACAAGAACAUGUCACCCUUCUCCUACACUGCCCCGAAGUACCAUGAAAACCCUUGCAAUGGGUACAAGCUGUUUCCAAAAUGUGUUCCCAGUUUUGGUUUUCGCCACCUCCUCUCUCUGACUGACAAGGUUGACCGUUUUAAUGAAGAAGUGCAAAAACAGAUGGUCUCCCGCAACAGGGAUGCACCAGAGGGCGGGUUUGAUGCCAUCCUUCAGGCUGCCGUUUGCAAUAAAAGGAUUGGUUGGAGAAAGGAGGCCUAUCACUUGCUGGUGUUUGCCACAGAUGAUGUUCCCCACUUGGCCUUGGAUGGAAAGCUGGGAGGACUUGUUCAUCCCCACGAUGGAAUGUGCCACCUGAAUGACAAUAAUGAGUACAGUGCCUCUACCAAGAUGGACUAUCCUUCUCUGGCCCUCCUUGGAGAAAAGCUGGCUGAAAACAACAUUUUCCUCAUCUUUGCAGUGGCCAAAAGGCACUAUGUUAUUUAUAAGAACUUUACAGCGUUGAUUCCUGGAACUACAGUGGAAAUAUUGGACCAGGACUCCAAAAAUAUAAUACAACUUAUUGUCAAUGCCUACAAUAACAUCAGGUCUAAAGUGGAACUGACGGUGUGGGACCAUCCUGAGGAUCUUAACCUGGCAUUCACUGCUACCUGCCAAGAUGGCCAGCCCCUCCCUGGCCUUCGCAAAUGUGCAGAUCUCAAGAUAGGGGACACUGUUUCCUUUAAUGUGACCGUCGAGGCACGAAGCUGUCCUGCUCCAGGCACACAGAGGAGUUUCACCAUCAAGCCGGUGGGCUUCAAAGACCUUCUGGAAGUUUCUGUGGACUACAGCUGCUCUUGUAAAUGCACAACGCACACACGGGCCAACAGCAGUCGCUGCAGCUCAGUUGGAACGUACUCCUGUGGCACAUGCCAUUGUGAGCCUGGGUAUCUAGGUGCCCGGUGCGAAUGCCAGGAGGGCGACACGGCAAGCUCGUAUAUGAGCGCGUGCCGUGAGGCCGAGGGCAAACAGGUGUGCAGUGGCCGUGGAGAGUGCAGCUGCAACCAGUGUCUCUGCUACGAGUCUGAGUUUGGCAAGAUCUACGGCAGCUUCUGUGAAUGUGAUGACUUCUCCUGUGCUCGGCACAAGGGCAUCCUUUGUUCAGGUCAUGGAGAGUGUAACUGUGGUGAGUGUAAGUGCCAUGCUGGCUACAUUGGGGACAACUGUAACUGCUCCACUGAGACAUCCACAUGUGUGUCUGAUGACGGGCAGAUCUGCAGUGGGCGUGGAAGCUGUGUAUGCGGGCGCUGCCAGUGCACUGAGCCGGGUGCAUUUGGAGACACAUGUGAGAAGUGUCCAACUUGCCCUGAUGCCUGUGGCACCAAAAGGGAGUGCAUCGAAUGCAGACUCUUUAACUCUGGCAGACUUGCUGACAAUCAGACCUGUCAACGCAUGUGCAAAGAUGAGAUCAUCACCGUGGAUACCCUCAAAUUGGAUGAUCCUGACUCUGUGCUAUGCCUCUACAAGACGGAGAACGAUUGCGUUAUGAAGUUCACAUACACAGAACACGCCAACGGCCAGUCCAUCCUCACUGCUCUACAGGAACCAGAGUGCGCCUCUGCCCCCGACGCCCUGACUGUGCUCCUUGCAGUGGUUGGCAGUAUCCUGCUGGUGGGCAUCAUAUUGCUGGCCGCCUGGAAACUGGUCAUCACCAUUCACGACCGUCGCGAGUUUGCCCGCUUCCAAAGUGCCCGCUCGCGAGCGCGAUAUGAGAUGGCAUCCAACCCUCUCUACAAACAGCCAAUCUCCACUCACUUUGUGGAGACAAUCUUUGACAUGCCUAGCAAGUCCUACAAUGGAGUAGUCCACUGAUCCCUUAUCUGGAGGAAGGGGUUGGAGGACACGGCAGGACCGGUCCAACCUGCAUUCAAUUUAGGGAGUUCAAAAAAAAAAACAAAAAAAAAAAGAACGUCAUAUUGAAAGACUUAUGACCAAGACACAGUAAAAUGAGCAAAAGAGUAUUUUUGUUGCCACAAGGACCUGUUGUCUUCUUUUUUUUUCGGGAGUGUGACCAACCAAACCUUUGUUUGGUCAUAUGACUAACCUCAGGCCUAAUGGUUUACAGCAGUACAUGGAUGGCAUGAUAACUCAUGGACUCAUUGUUGUGACUGGGCAAAGAACCUGAUGUUAUGAGCUUGAAUUUUUUUUUUUAAAUAUGUUGGUGUGAUAUAAUUAAGUGAAGAGAACAUGUCGUAUGAGGAAACUCCACGUCCACUGCCCUGGACAGCUUGAGUGCAUUUGCCAAUUCUACAUAAGGCAUGACUCCUCUAGCAGGAGGAAUGCACUAUA